GACAGAGUCCCCACAAUGAGGCCAACAAAAAGGUCGCAGCGAGAUCUGCAGGAACUGGAAGACCUGGUUCCCAAACAGGCGCGGAUUGAUGAAACCGGCUGGACGGGAGUGAACGAACGCACCUUCAUCGCCGUGAAGCCGGACGGUGUGCAGCGGAAACUGGUGGGAGAAAUAGUGCGUCGUUUUGAGAAGAGAGGCUUCAAACUUGUUGCUCUUAAGCUUAUAAAGGCGUCUGAGGAGCUACUAAGGGAACACUACUGGGAGCUGAGGAACAAGCCUUUCUACAGCACCCUAAUAAGCUACAUGAGUUCUGGACCAGUUGUUGCAAUGGUGUGGCAGGGUUUAGAUGUUGUGAAGACCGCUCGCAAGAUGCUGGGUGAGACCAAUCCCGCAGACUCACUGCCGGGAACCAUUCGGGGAGAUUUCUGUGUGGAAGUGGGCAGGAAUGUGAUCCACGGUAGCGACUCGGUGGAGAGCGCCCAGAAGGAAAUCUGUCUCUGGUUCCAUCAGGGCGAGCUCCACCGCUGGGAGAGCAGCCCCAACAACUGGAUCUACUGACGUUUACAGACCUUCUGCAGCUUUAAAACAUCAAACCUCAGUUAACUUCAUCUUUUUAGCUUCGGUAGUUUGUAGCAAAGAAAGGUCAUCUCUGCUUUCCUGCAUCUUUUCCUUGGUUUAGAUUUUUGAUGGGGUAAACUUAAAGGGGCAGUAAUAUGUGAAAUUGACUUUUUUGAGCUUUGCAUCGUGUUAUGAUGUUAUGAAAACAUACCUGGAGUGUUUCUUUGAUCCUUUCAUACAUGCUUGAGAAAUCCUGUACUCUCCCAUGGCAUCAGCGCUGUGAUGGGCCAGCGCUGAUGACAAAGCUCUUCCUCGGAGCUGCAGUUUCCAACCUUCAGAACAUUACAGAGCGUCUUGCUUAGCUCCUUCAGACUAGCCAGCAGCAAUUAGCAAACACCUGGUGGAACUGCACAUCUGCUGAGCUCAUUAUACCAGCUACUGCUCUGUGCAGUGCUGGUAAAGACGUUAAGCAUGGAGCACGGUUGUGACUUCUUGAAAUGCGGAGUAUCUUAAAGAGACACAGGCCCAAUUUCAAAGCAUUAAAUUACAAAGUCAAAUUUACAACUGAAGGUAACAUAGUUACUUGAUUUGCUAAAAGAAAAUAGCACUAGGUGCCUGGAAAAUACAUAACACUGCCCCUUUAACAAAUCGAAGGUGCAUUAAAUAGAUUGAAAUAGUUAGGGCCAGUAAUGUUUUUAGUUUUUAAGCUAUAAGAAUAACUUGUUGCGAUAAGAAACUGGAAUUAUGAAGACAAUGGAUUUGAAACUGACUCACUACACGAUUUAAAAAAAGAAAAUUGAUAUUAAAACAUAAAAAAAUAGCCUUUUUUUCAGUUGUAUCGAGUUUUCCAUGUUCUCUGUGGGUGUAAAGAUGAUCAUGUGGAAGUACUUGAAUAUAAAGUUUCCAGCUUUUGAACAGCAUUGAACUCUAUUGUUACUGCUUUUGUAUUUUUAUACCAGGCUCAGUUUGCAGCCUCCAUAACACUGCAAUAAAAAUGGAGCAAGUUCAUUUAUUAAACUUGAAUAAAACAAAAAACAAGUUG